CGGGCCGGGCGGGGGAGCGGCUCGAGCCCAGGCCGGGCCUGCAGCGGCAGAUGGCCGUCCGGGCCACGCGGCCUCGCGCGCUCAGCGCUGUCCCUUGGUGCGCGCGCCCGCCGCCCGCCGCGGUCCCCUCCUGCGCGCGCCCGGGCUUGGCUGGGUUUCGCGCCCAGGGCUAGAUGGCUCGUGACUCCUAUGCUGUCCUCCACCGUGCGCGCUGGGAAACCCUAACUACCACGAGCUAAGGAAAUGAUCCUUGCUGAACGCCACCUCCUUUCCUCUUAUGAGCCUGGGGCCAUGAGAGGUGACCUGGUGAUAGUUACGAGCUGCACAGCUGAUUAAGUAGCGGAGGAGAUUAGAACUCAGUUCCUGGCCUCCCAAGGUUCUCACGGAGAUCGCAUGUUGUAUUUAUGGUGAUAGAGUUGCCAGAGGUGGCUAUACGGGUGUCUUGUGUGUGACACAGCAGGACACGUGAUUAGGAAUAACUGCUCUGUGAAGAGCUCUAAGGCUGUGCUGUGGGCUGCUGUGGGGCUGUGCGAGGUGGUGUGUGCAGCAGCCCAACUGUCCUGUGCAUCAGGACGUCAUACAAGUCCUUUGGUGGCUCAUCUCCUAUAGGAUUGUUAAGAAUGAGUCUGCGGAAGCAAACACCUAGUGACUUUUUAAAGCAGAUCAUCGGACGGCCAGUUGUGGUGAAGCUCAAUUCUGGGGUGGAUUAUCGAGGGGUCCUGGCCUGCCUGGAUGGCUACAUGAAUAUAGCACUGGAGCAGACGGAAGAGUAUGUAAAUGGGCAGCUGAAGAAUAAGUAUGGGGAUGCGUUCAUCCGCGGGAACAAUGUGCUGUAUAUAAGUACUCAGAAGCGGAGGAUGUGAAGACACCAGGAGCAGCCCUCUUCACACUUGGAUGUACUUGAUUAUGAAGAGCUUGUUUUUUUGUUCUUUUACGACCCUAGUUGCUGCCUGUUUUCAUAGUGGUUGGUGUGUUUUGUUUUGUUUUUUAAUUGACAUUUAAAUAAGAUGGAAGUGUUACAUUACAAAUCAAGUCUUAAACAUUUCAUGUUCACAUUUACUCCUGUCUGUACAGAAUAUUAAAAUUAAAAAAAAAAGCAAAAA